CGCUGACCAGGCCCCUCGACAACAAGGGUUUCCUGUCCUUUUCUUUUUUCUUCUCUUUCUGCUUGGUUUCAAGCUUGGGUUUUGGGCAGUAUGGGUGUAAAGAAGGCAGACGAAGGCUAUACCACCGUUGACCAGGGGGUCUACCCUGUCCCGGACAUCCCUAUCAAGGACUUGCUAGCCGCAAUUCCUCCCCAUUGCUUCAAGCGUUCAGCGUGGCGGGGCGCGACCUACGUGUUCUGGGAUUUGUUCGUUAUCGGCUGCGCUUACAAGGCCGCUUCGUACCUUGACACGCUCAUCAACCCUGCCACCCUCGAGCUUCCUCACCCUUACGCCUACACCGCGCUCCGUGUCGUCGUCUGGGCCCUCUACACCUUCAUCGCCGGUCUCUUCGCCACCGGUAUCUGGGUUAUCGGUCACGAAUGCGGUCACCAAGCUUUUUCUGAGUCCAAGGCUGUCAACAACGCCUGGGGAUGGGUCCUUCACUCUGCUGUCGGCGUCCCUUACUAUUCGUGGAGAAUCACCCAUGCCAAGCACCAUGCCUCCACCGGCCACAUGACCCAGGAUCAAGUCUUCGUCCCCCACACCCGCUCUGAACUCGGUCUUCCGCCUCUUAACCAGGAAGGCGAGAACCUCCUUGGCUCCCGCGUUUCCGAGGUUAUCAAGCGCGAGCUUUGGGAUGCUCUUGGUGACUCCCCUAUUGGUGCUAUCAUUGGCUCUGCAAAGUAUUUGCUCGGUGGAUGGCCCGCCUACAUCUUGAUGAACGCUUCUGGUCAGAAGAGGUACCCUAAGUGGGUCACUAACCACUUCAAUCCCAACGCGCCCAUGUUCGCUCCCCACCAUUACAACCAGGUCCUCCUGUCCAACCUUGGUAUCAUGAUCUGGCUCGCCGGUAUCAUUGCUAGUAUCAACCACUGGGGCUUCUCCACCGUUCUUGUUGUUUACCUCAUCCCCUACCUCUGGGUCAACCACUGGCUCGUCUUGAUCACCUUCCUCCAACACACCGACCCCUUGCUCCCCCACUACCGCGCUCCCGAGUUCACCUUCGCUCGUGGUGCUCUUGCUACCUUUGACCGAAGCUUGCUCGGUGACUUGGGCCCAGUUAUGGCCUGGCUCGGUGCCCAUGCUACAAACGGCAUCUCCGAGACCCACGUCCUGCACCACGUCUGCAGCAAGAUCCCCCACUACCACGCUUGGGAGGCCAGUGAGGCCCUCAAGAAGGUUGUCAACCGCGCUGGUAUCCCCACUGAAGGCCGACCUGGUGGCUGGAGGGAGGUUUACCGUGUCUACAAGGAGUGCAAGUUCGUUGAGGACGAGGGUGAUGUUGUCUUCUUCAAAAACGCGCAUGGUCUUGCCCAGAUGCGCCCCCAGAUGCCCGAGACAUCUGCCAGCGACUCUGGUAUUGAAGUAGAAAAGUAGAGGCUUCCGCCUACAUUCCCCACCUACACAGUUAUACCUUACUUGACUUUUCUGUCCGGGAGUUGGUUACACAAUAGAUAGACUGGACAUCACGGCUAAUGAUAUGAAUU